AGUGACAAUGUGGUUAUUAACUAUGUUUAUAGUUUUGUUAUAUUCUUUUUAUAAGAUUACAUUUCCUGGCCGAUCACGGCUCUAUCCCCCAGGUCCUUGUUCGUUACCAAUAAUAGGAAACCUCAUUUCCGUUUGGAUCGGUUUGAGAAAGCUGAAAUAUCACCACAGUCUUUGGCAAUCAUGGGCGAAAAUCUACGGAGACAUAGUGGGUCUGCAGUUAGGCUCUAUGAAUGUUGUUGUGGUGUUUGGAAAAGAUUUGAUCAAGGAAGUUUCUUCAAGAGAUGUGUUCGAGGGGAGGCCGGAUGGGUUGUUUUAUAUGAUACGGUCGUUUGGCAAGAAAUUAGGAGUAGUAUUUUCGGACGGACAAUGCUGGAAGUCGACGCGUGGAGUACUCCUCAAGUAUUUGAAAGGUUUUGGUUACGGCACCCGCUCCAUGGAGGCAUACAUAGCAGAGGAGUGCGCGGAUCUCGUCAAGCUACUCUCAAGCACGCGUCAGCCUGUCAUAGUCAACGAUUUGUUCGACAUUUCUAUAGUCAAUAUUCUAUGGCGACUUGUAGCUGGUACAAGAUACGAUUUGAAAGACAUCCGUUUAAAGAAGUUAUGCCAUAUGAUCAAGCGGGCAUUUAAAGUUGUGGACAUGAGUGGCGGCGUGAUGAACUUCAUGCCUUUUCUUCGGCAUAUCAUUCCUGGCGCCAUUGGAUAUACGGAGCUGAAUGAUCUCCACGAGACUCUGUACUCGUUUAUAAAGGAAACUAUAAAAGAGCACGAGACAAACAUCGUUACAAAAGACCCGAGAGACGUCAUCGACGCCUUCCUGAUUGAAUCCAUAGAAAACAAGGCUGAUGCAAUUUCAGAAGAAGAACUGCAAGUGGUGUGCCUUGAUAUGCUAGAAGCUGGAAUGGAGACCGUGGGUAACACGGCCGUGUUUAUGCUUCUGCACGUCGCUCUGAAUCCACACGUGCAAGCGCGUCUUAGACAAGAGAUUGACGAUGUAGUCGGCCCAAAACGAUCGCCGGCGUUGGGUGAUAGAGCAAGAAUGCUGUACACCGAGGCAGUGAUCAUGGAAACCCUCCGCAUCUCAAGUGUGGCCCCAGUGGGCAUCCCCCACAUGGCGCGGGAAAAAACGCAACUCAAGAAUUAUGUCAUCCCUAAGGGUACACUAAUCUUACUGGCUCUACACGAUCUCCACAACGGCUCUCACUGGACGGAUCCUCACGAGUUCAGACCCGAAAGAUUUCUCACCAAAGAAGGGAAUCUCGUACAGGACGAGUGGCUAAUGCCCUUCGGGACAGGUAAACGACGUUGCAUUGGCGAAGGUCUGGCCCGCUCCGAACUCUUCAUGUUCCUGACCUACCUACUGCAGAGCUUCACUUUAGUAAUACCAGAAGGCGACCGUACACCUUCUACGGAACCGGUCAACGGAGUGACACUAUCGGCGGAACCCUUUAGGCUCAUAUUUAGGCUGAGACGAUAGAGUU